AGGUGAGCGGCGAAGGGGGCGGGGGAAGCGCUGAGCCGGAGGCCGCUCACCUGGCGGGACAGGUACCUGGCUGCAGGAGACCAUGCAGUGAGCCAUGCCCCGGCCAGGACAGCCCCGCCCAUCAUCUGGGCCACCUCGCUUGGGACCCUGGGAGCAGCCAACAGAGCUAUGCUUGGAGGCAUAUAAUGAAACACCGCAGCACCCACCAGGCCGCCGCACCCGGAGGCCAGACCCCAAGGACCCUGGCCACCAUGGGCCAGAGAGCAUUACCUUCAUCUCGGGCUCUGCAGAGCCAGCCACCGAGCCCCCAGCCUGCUGCCUGCUCUGGCGUCCCUGGGGGUGGGACUGGUGUCGGGCUGUUUUCUGCUUCCGCCGCUGCCGGGAUUGCCUCCAGCGCUGCGGGGCCUGUGUGCGGGGCUGCAGCCCCUGCUUGUCUGCCGGGGACUCCACUGAGGAGGCUGCUGAGGCCAGCUGGGCCAAGGAGCACAAUGGAGUACCCCCCAGCCCCGACCGCCCACCCCCUAGCCGCCGGGAUGGCCAGCGGCUCAAGUCUGCUGUGGGCAGCAGCUUCAGCUACCCUGAUGUCAAGCUCAAAGGCGUCCCUGUGUACCCCUACCGCAGCACCACCUCCCCAGCUCCGGACUCGGACUCCUGCUGCAAGGAGCCACUGGCCCAGCCCCCUCCCACACGGCACAGCCUGCCGAGCACCCUUGCCAGCAGUCCCCGAGGCUCAGAGGAGUACUACUCUUUCCACGAGUCGGACCUGGACCUGCCGGAGAUGGGCAGCGGCUCCAUGUCGAGCCGGGAAAUCGACGUGCUCAUAUUCAAGAAGUUGACCGAGCUGUUCAGCGUACACCAGAUCGACGAGCUGGCCAAAUGCACGUCGGACACGGUGUUCCUGGAGAAGACCAGUAAGAUCUCGGACCUGAUCAGCAGCAUCACGCAGGACUACCAUCUGGACGAGCAGGACGCCGAGGGCCGCCUGGUGCGCGGCAUUAUUCGCAUUAGUACCCGAAAGAGCCGCGCCCGCCCACAGACCUCAGAGGGGCGCUCCACCCGGGCUGCAGCCCCAGCUGCUGCCCCUGACAGUGGCCAUGAGACUAUGGUGGGCUCAGGUCUCAGCCAGGAUGAACUGACAGUGCAGAUCUCCCAGGAGACAACAGCAGAUGCCAUCGCCCGGAAGCUGAGGCCAUAUGGAACCCCAGGGUACCCAGCCAGCCAUGACUCGGCCUUCCAGGGCACUGACACAGACUCCUCAGGGGCACCCCUGCUCCAGGUGUACUGCUAA